AUGGAUGAAACCGGAUUCUCAGAAGAUACAGCUUCUAAGCACAAGGAAGAUAUGCCUUUUAAUUGGGAUUUCUCCCAAAUUAAUAUCUACAGUGUUUAAAAUCUUACCUCAAACGUACCUGAUGCCGCAGAUCAAAUUAUUUUAACAGCUGAUGACACUCAAGAAAAGGCUACAUAUAAGGGGACUUACAGAUACACAGAUAUGGCCAUGACUCUGGAUAAAAUGCCCGAAAAUGUUGUAAACAAAAACUAUGAGACAGAGACACAAUGCACCAUAAAUCUUCAUGUUCCAGCUAAUAAAGGAGACCCUUCAAAGUCAAACAUUUCUGAUAUUUCUCACCAUCUUUCGAAGGAGGAAAUCUCAGAAGGUCAAGGCAUUAACAGUGAAACUCUCCCAGAGAUCUCUAAUGCUGCCAGUUCUGAUGAAGCUAUUAUUAAAAAUAUUAUUUUGCAUUAUGUUAAGAAUUCUUGGCCAAAAGAACAAACUCCAAAACUCUCUGACCUACUCAACCCCAACAGGGAUGGCGAAAGCAGCAAGUAGCCCAGCUGUUCUCCAACCACAAUGAAAGAAAACACCUCCAGUUUAGAAGGGCCAGCCGCUGGAUGUAGCAGACAUCAGGACAAUUCAGAUUUCUUAACUAAAGUCAAGAGCCUAAGUGAUAAAAAAAAAAGUGUCCAAGGGAAAGCACCCCAGAAACAGCAGAGUGAAAAAGCAAGUUCAGGCAACAGAUUUAACUAUGGCCCCGGUCAAGUUAAUUACUGGUUCUCUGAUUUCUCUGAGGUUCCUCCCAAAGAGAAAAUCCCUAAAAAUAACCUAAUCCAUAAGCCACUUACACUAGAUAAACAAGCCAGUUUUUCUCCUAAACUAAGAGAUAAAUCAGCUAUUGUGCAAGAUAUUUUAGAAAGCAUGCCUAGGUCAAAUUGUGUUGAAAAACAAGAGCAGAAACGGAAAGCUAUUGAACCUUUGCAGAUGAAGAUGGAGUCCAAAGUACAUACCUACCAAGAACCUCUCACAGGACUAGGAGUUGAGACAAGUCUCUUUAAGCUGUCAUCAACUUCUCAGAAAGACACUUCCUCAAGUUCUUCUUACAUAUUUCAAAAGAUAUCCCAAGGGAAACAGAUGUGUCAGAAGUUAAAAGAGCAAACAGAUCAACUGAAGACUAAAGUACAAGAAUUUUCCAAAAGCAUAGCACUGGACUUCUCUUAUCAUUUGCCAGACAAGAGGCUGGUCUUGGAGCAACUGCAGGGACAUCUUGAACUGCUGGAGCAGGAGUUUCUGGACAAAAUGGAGAAGCAUCUGACUUUGAAGCAGCAUGACUCCACAGCUGUCUGUGGCUCUGAUCCUGAAAGAAAAAUAGAAGGUGAAAUAUUCAAGUUGGAGAUGUUACUUGAAGAUGCUAAAGAGAAAAUUAAUAGAGGCAAAUAUACUUCAGCUGUCUCUCUUCCUAUGAGUUCUCCAAUUAUCCUGGAUGACUCGGCAUCUGUAUGCUCUCCACCCUCAAAUGAAGGGGGAAAAAGUGGAGAAAAGCCACAGAAGGAACAGCUGUGGAAGGUGCCCCAUUACCAUUCAGGAAAAGGCACUGCAUCAAGAUUCAAUUCUCAAGCUCUACUCUCCACACAUUUUAUGACUAUAAUCAAGGAAGUCACACUUCGUGGUAUAACUGGGGCUUUUUCAGGUUCUGAUACAGGACACAGUUGCUAUUUUGCUUCUGGGUCUGGACUGCAGAGUGGUAAAUGGGAGAAGUGUGGCACUAGGAUUUCUAAUUCCCGAAGGGUCUGCAGUAAAGAGCAGCUAAUGGAAUUUCAUUAUAGGUAUGAUGCCCCGGGACAGUAUUACUUAGAUUACAGUGAAAGAAGUGCCUUUGUCCAGCUCCACUUUUUAAAUGAAAAUAAAAAUUUGUCACCUUCUCAUUCAAAACCAAAACGGAUCUGUUCCCAGAGAACGAAUUCAAAAUCCUCUCAAGAUGAACAUGAGCCCCUAACAGGAAAAAAAACUUUUAAGGCUUUCAUGACCUACAAUUCAGACCUUGUACCUUCACCCUAUUUCCACUCCUGCAGGAUUUCUGGAAGAAAAUCCUCAAGCAGAUUUAGCACUACUGAAGAAACGGAAUCUGAGAUUUUAAACUCGUCUUUGGAUCAUCCCCUAAAGACAGCAACCAAUUUGAAACAAACUACUGAUCAAAUGAUUAGAACUAUUGCAGAAGAUCUUGUCAAAGUUCAGAGGUGGAGGAAUCAACUGAAAUAAUAGUUCAACCCAAGGUAACCAAAGAUUAAAAAAAAAAAAUAAGUGAAGAAAACUUGAUCUCCCCCAAAAAGUAUUUUACUAAUUAUACAAUUCAGGAAGAUGACUUUCUAGAGAAAAUAACAAAACUGUAAGCACUGGGACACAAAGUGCUUAAAUGAUCAAACAAAUGGAUUAUUAACAUCAAAAUCAACAAGUAUUUAUUUCAAAAUAAAUGCUAUUCUUAAUUCAUAAUAAAAGAAAUCAAAGCCAUAAAACAUUUUACCUCCUAAGAUGGCAAAAACUGAAGUUUAAAAAACCCAGUGUCAGUGAGGAUGGGGGAAGACAGGUACUCUCAACACUGCUGGUGGAAGUAUAAACUUUAAAAGCACUUAUCUGUGGAGCAGUGAUU